CUCCCCCCUCUCUCUAAGCCUUGAGAUGUUCUUUACCGUAGUUUUACAAGCCCUUGCCUACUUUGGCCUCAUUUCCAAUGCCCCUACGCCAUGGGAAGUUGACCAACCUCAGGCUCCUGCCUCAGCCCUGUGGAACGGCCCGCUACCGUUCCCAGCCCCUCCGAGUGAACUUUGGGGUUACGCAAACGGCAUCUACGAGGCGAAUGUCGGCCACGCUCUCAACGUUACUCACGGGCGUAGAGUCAGCGUCAAGGUACUCGGGUAUGUCUUUAGGAUUGUGAAAACUCCUUCCUAGGCGAUGUGCUAGAGAGGAAGCUUGCUGAGAGUAUCAUUAUUGGGCGCGCGCGCCUGACAGA